AGCUUCGUCAAGAUGUUUCGUGCCGUUACAGUACUGUGUGCGAUCGCGGUAUAUUUGGUGAUCUUUAAACAAGUGGCGUGUCAUCAGCAUGGUUGGAAUCACGGUCACGGACGACAUGACCAUCAUCGCCACCAUCAUAGACCUCCUCAUCGUCACCACCACCGGCAUGGACUGUUCCUGAAUAUAGCCAUUUACGAACCAAAAGGCUUGGAGAUAUCUACAGCGAAAUUUAACAGCACAGCACAAUACUUUGGCUUUGACAUGUUCAUCAAUAACCCGGACGGUGUCACGCCAGAUGUAUCCCACAAUACGACGGAAGUGUCAUACGGGAAGUACAUCGUGCGCGACUCGCAGGUCAUCAUAAAAGCAGGUGAUGUUCUUAACAUAACGUACUUUAUGGGAUUCUCCGAUGGAGGUGAAAUUAAAUCAACUACCACAAUUCCAGUAUACAGACAUAUGAUUAAAAACAACUGUACCUGUGAGAAUAAGGCUGACGCAGAAGCUCCAUCGAGACCGCCUGUCAAAUCGAUACCUCCCUGGUCACGAACAACAACUAUCCCACAACAACACACACGUCGGCCAACAACACCACCGAUGCGUCCAACCGUUCCGGUCACAACUACAGAACAUUCCGACAUGAGUCAGUACUCCGAUGAACACUCCGAUGAGCAGUUUGACUGUGAAAUCGAUCCCACCACCAACCUCUGCUCCGGUAAUUUACAAAUAGACGAACGGAGAAUUGCAGUACCCCAACGACAACCGCAAAAACUCGUCAACCACCCUGACAGAGAGGUGGAUAUGAACGUUUUUAUGGACAUUUUUAACGCGGUAAUCGACCAGUGUCCAGCUAAACCACGCACCACCUAUCUCAUUCUGGCCAAGAAGGCUUAUACGAACGAUGCGUCCAUCGAUUGGGUCCGCUACGUACGCACAACACUAAAGCACAGGCUAAAGCUUAGCGGACUGGCGGACAACGCCUUGAUCGAUGCCCAACAGAGCGGAGCCGCGAUCGUGUUCGAGAUGGACACACUGUUCAACAAGCUGCAAGUGCUUUACCACGCACGAAAGUUAGGUAUGAUGUCCUUGAAAGAUUUCGAUGAUAUAUAAGCAGAAGAGGUUAAUGCAAUAAUUGUUGCAAUUAUUGGUUAUCACCCGUUCAAUAAUAAUACCUUACAAUAGAUAAUAAAUGCAAAAAUUUAUAUGAAUACUUUUGAAUGAGAAAACUAUUGAUAAUUAUUUUUGUCACGGUCAAGAUGAAAGAUCUUCAUCCCAGGUCGUCAACGUGCGCGAAGAAGCGAAGUUUGAAUACUAUCAAGGGAACGGAGAGACAAACUUUGAAGCACGUGCGAAAUUAAUUCGAAUUGUAUUCUUACAACUGAAUUAUUACAUAUUGUUAUACAUAUUUUAUUCUCUAACUAUUUAAGCUAUA